AUGUCGUACCGCGACGAGUACCCCGUCGGGAGCGACGACGACGACGAAGUAUGCAGUCUCUUGAACAACCCCCGGCGGCGCGCACCACUGCACAUGAACAGCUACCUCUCUCAGAUCGAGCAGCACCAGCGAGCGCGGCUCCAGCGCUGGCGGCGCCUCAAGAUCCUCUUCGCAGCCAUCAUCGCCGUGGCGACCUUGACGACGCUCUCGCUGCAGUACAGUACUACGUGGCAGCCGGACGCGCCGCCGUCGUUUGUCGCCGCCCGCGCCGCCUCGAUUUGCGACUCGACCCAGUGCAUUGACAUUGUACCACGCACCAAGCUGCUGCCGGCCGUCUGCCCAGCGCUCGACCGCGACCACAUACACGUUGUGGCCGACUAUGUCGUUGGCCGUUUGUAUCUUGAGACGUGGCCGGGCGACGCCAACUUUACCUGCAGUCAGCCGCGAGUGACCAACGCAACGAUGCGCUACGAGGACGAGAUCACGGCGCCGCUGGCCGCCUGCCCUAUGGACGUGACCGUGACGGGCGCGCUUACACCGACAUCUCUCUCAAGGACGGUGUCGACGCGCCUCUACUUCAUCGACCAUGCAACGUAUCGGACGCCGGGUCUGGCGGUGGUCGUGUCGGACGGCUGGGACGGCCAAAGCAUCCAGGGACUACCAGGCGUCGUCUUGAACGACCACGCCGAGGGUAUCUGGCUCGGUCUCGCGGUACCGAGCGGUGUUAACGUGACGCAAAUUCACAUGCACAUCACGGACGCAGAAGGUCGGCGCGAUUUGCUCGAAGUGGUCGUGACGCUGCCGCCGACCACCGCGCUUGCGGGCAUCCGACUCGACCGCGACGGACGUGCGUGGCCGCCAGGUCGCUACCAUGUCGACGCCGCAAAUCUCUUCGCGACGUCCUUUCUCGUACUCUCCACCAGCUCGCGAGCGAUCGCGCCUCUCGAUGACGUCAUCAAGCCGCCAGCGGUGUUCAACGGAACCGCAGUCGCUGCAGCCUGCCAAGACCGCGUCAAUGACUAUUGCGCGUGCCAGGCGGCGACGGCACAAGAUGAGCCCUAA